AUGCCGAAGCUGUACAAGUCGCUGAAGGAGUACGAGGUGAUAUUCCAGAUGCUCCGCGACGUGCAACUAGACUUCCCAGACGAUCCGUUCAACAACUACAAGACGGUGCGACAGAGGCUCAUUAGCAACUCGCUGCAGAGGCUGUACGGCUCCAUAGCGGAGAUAACGGAGAGCAUGAGCGCGAUGGGAAUGGCGACGCCACAUUUCGACAGGACGAAGAUGAAACUAGACACGUUCCAGAUGAAAGUUGACGCGACGCAGUGUCUCAAGAACGACUACAUCGCUUUCAGGGGCUACGGCAACCUGCUGAACAAUUGGUACUACGAGUUCAGGUGCCCGAAGAGCAAGAAACCUAACAAGAGAUGCGCGGCGUACGAAGAGAAGCUCAAGGAGAAGAAGGGCAGUAGACGGCCCAAGAACAAAACCAAUCUACUCUCAAUGAGU